UGGUUUAUGAUGUCACGAGUGGUGAGGCAAGUCUCCGUAGAUGCAGGCAUCUGGCUCCGGUGGAAGAUGCUGCUGCUCUCCCUCCUCCUGUUCCACACCCUGGUCUGGCCCAUGCACAGCAUGAAUGGCAGCUGUGAUGCAGUUUGUGGGCGCCGCCCCCUGAUGUCUGGCUACGGCGGGAUGCGGAUCGUGGGUGGUGUAGAUGCUCUGCCAGGGGCCUGGCCCUGGCUCGUCAGCGUCCAGAUCCCCACCCGAAUGGGACCCCGGCAUUCAUGUGGUGGGUCCCUCAUCAGCACUCGCUGGGUCCUCACAGCAGCUCACUGCUUCAAAGCCAAGAGAAGGCUGCUCUCGCAGUGGCGUGUUGUGAUAGGUGCAUCCCAGCUAUCCCAGCGUGGCCCUGAGGCCCAGGUGCGCUCCAUCAAACAAGUGGUGCAGCACGAGCACUACGAGCCGCGCAUGGAGAGCAACGACAUCGCUCUACUGGAGCUCGACCAGCCAAUCGAGUGCAAUGACUACGCACAGCCCGCUUGCCUGCCCGAUGCCAUGGUGGAGGUGUCGAACCUGUCCCACUGCUACAUCAGCGGCUGGGGAGUCACGCAAGAGACAUCCCAGGAAACAGCCGACAUCCUGCAGGAAGCCAAGGUGCAUCUCCUUGACAUCACAACCUGUAACAGCAGCCGCUGGUACAACGGGGCCAUCGCCAGCAACAACCUGUGUGCAGGGUACGAGCAAGGAGGUGUCGACAGCUGCCAGGUACGUAGGACAGAGCCCUCUCACUGCAGAUUCCUCCCCAGCUCCACUCAAAUGCUCAUGCUGUGACCUCACAAUCCCUCUUCUGGGA